UAAGAGAAGCAGACAUGGAUUGUUGUGUUUGCACAACUAUGCCAUUAAUAUUAAGGCCUCCGAGGAAUACAAUAUGCGGGGCUUGCUGUGAAGGAGCUAGGAGCAUAAUCAACAUGAUGAAAAAUCUCGAAAGUGAGAAAGCAGAAGCAAUCACCAAUUCAAACGGUUCUCCAGUUUCACGACGAAAUUCGAGUAAGACAAUUGACGAUUGUGUAAGAUGGUUUUCAGAGCAAAUAGACAUGUUUAAUCAACAAAAAGAAGACUUGGCUUUCCUCAGAGGCUUUGUUGCUGCCUUCAAAGCACAGAUUCACACUGAUAUACUUGUCAGUCCGGGUAGCCAUGGUCCACCUAUACCUGCACAUAAGUCCGUUUUGGCAGCAAGAUCAGAAAUUUUUAAGAACAUGCUAGAGUGUGAUGAAUGCAAAGCUCCACCAAGUAACACCAUAACUAUACCCGAUUUGAACCAUGAAGAACUAGAGUCUCUUCUGGAGUUUCUCUACAGUGGUGCCUUGGCUGAGGAAAAAUUGGAGAAACAUGUUUAUGCCUUGUCACAAGCAGCUGAUAAGUAUGUUAUACCACACUUGCUGAAACACUGCGAACGACACAUGCUUAGUUCACUAAGCACCUCUAAUGCCCUUGAGACACUAGAGAUUGCUGAUACUUGUUCCAACUACAACUUGAAGGAGACAACAUUGAAUUUCUUAGUCAAAAACAUUGAGCAUAUGGUGUCCUCCCCUAAAUUUGAAGCUUUUGUGCAUAGGAGUCCACAUCUAACUGUGCAACUAGUUACAAGGGCAUUCGCGAACGGUGCCAAAUAAUUAAACUGUCUCCAAGUAGAACAGUCACGAAUAUUUAUUUAUUUUACAAUCUUGUCUUUGCCUAAGGUAAUUUAAUUAUCAACACCAAUAGAAUGAGAUU